AUUCUGGAUGGCCAAAUAUUAUAUUUAUUAUGGUGCAAAAUAUGAAUAUUACCUGUGUGUGUACCACGCCCAAAGUCUGAACUAUUUACAUCGAUUUAUUUGUAUUCAUCAUGUCCGAUAAUCAAGAUGAUGAUAAUAAUGAACAACAACAACAACAACAACAGCGACGACGACAACAAAGUUUGGAAAAACAAGAAAGUUAUGAAGAUAGUGGCGGUGGUGGACAUGGUCGUAAAGAUUCAAUAAGUUCACAGACACGUUCACAUACACCUCCCAGCCAUUCACCUGGUGGUGAAGUGAUUCUUAAAUCGAAAGGAAAAUCUUCCGGUUCUCGUAGAGGAUCGACUACAUUUCUUACCAGUGAUGACAAUAUUAUUAUGGCAUUUGGUUCUGGUCGUCGAUUAUCAUCAUUCUGUACAACAUCAUCAUAUGAAGAUACGGCUGUAUCGAUUGGUGAUGAACCAUUUACCGAGGAAGAAAUAUCCGAAACAAUACGUGCACAUAAACAGAUUAUUGCUACGAUGAAACAUCAGAAUUGGCCAAUGUAUCGUAAAUUAAAGAUAUUGAAUCGUGCAAAACAUUAUAUUAAAAAGCAUGAAGGUGAAUUGAAACAAUCAAAACAAGCAAAAGAUUUGGUUGCCAAAUGGAAAGUCUACAUGGAAAGGAGCAUCAAUCGUAUAAAACGUGAAUUGGCCAAUUUGAUUGUGGUCAUUACGCCUUGGGAAAUGCGAAUCAAAAAAAUUGAAAGCCAUUUUGGUUCAGGCGUUGCAUCGUAUUUUAUAUUUUUACGUUGGGUAUUCUGGGUGAAUAUCUUUAUCAGUGUAUUCAUUUGCUGUUUCCUAAUGGUACCGGAGGUUUUACGUGGUGAUCCAGAUCCGACCGGCAUGCGAAAAGAGGUUGAAGAUGCUGAAGAAUCGCUUAAAUUACAGGCCAUCUGGGAUUUUGAGGGAUAUUUGAAAUAUUCACCCAUAUUCUAUGGUUAUUAUAGUAAAACUGAAAUGACUAGUGAAGGUUAUCGAUUACCAUUGGCAUAUUUUCUUACAACAUUCUGUCUUUAUAUGUUUAGCUUUUUCUGUAUUCUACGCAAAAUGGCACAAAAUUCUCGUAUGAGUCGUGUAGCAAGCAAAGAUGAUGAAUUUACAUUCUGUUGGAAAGUGUUUACCGGUUGGGAUUAUAUGAUUGGUAAUAGUGAAACGGCUUAUAAUAAAGUUGCAUCAUUGGUCAUGAGUCUAAAAGAAUCGAUUCUCGAGGAAAAGGAACGAAAAAAAGAGGAAAGAAAUUGGAAAUUAUUCGCUAUACGUAUAUUUACAAAUAUUUUGGUACUGUCAUUAUUAGCAUCAUCGGCUUAUGGUGUCGUAUUGGUGGUGGAUAGAUCACAGGAACCGAUUGAAAAUCCAUCAUGGAUACGUGCAAAUGAAGUGACAUUAGUAUUUGCCGGUAUCGGUAUCGUAUUUCCCAAUAUAUUUGAUUGGAUUGGCAAUAUGGAACAAUUUCAUCCUCGUAUUGCAUUACGAUGGCAACUUGGAAGAAUUUUGAUUCUAAAUUUUUUAAACAUGUAUACAUUAAUGUUGUCAUUAUUCGGUAAAGUCGAUUCAAUGACAACACAAUUAUUGGAAAUCAAAGCAAAUAUAACGAUGCAAAAAUCACAAUUUGAUACGAUUGCCAUAACAACGAUGGCCACUUAUUAUCGAAUCAAACGUGAUGGUCGUGCUGAAUAUGAAGAUUAUGAUGACAAUUACAAUGAUGACGAUAUGAUCACUAAUGCACCAUCGAUCAUUUAUGAUCCAUAUGAGAUACAAUCCCGUAAGAAGCCGGAUUUUUCCAUCGAAGGCCGCUAUCAUUUCAAUACUGAUCCCGAAAUUGAAGGCGAUGAAUGGCAUACAACAACCGAUAGAAGUGUUUGGCAUUUGGAAACCACAACACCGAUUACAAUGAUGACAGCGGCUGAAACUUUUGUGACGGAUGACCAACAUAGGAUUCAACAAACAUCUCAAUCAUCAUCUAGUUCUAAACAUUCGACAACAGCCGCUGGAGCUACAUCAUUGAAAUCGAUGGCUUCAACAACCACAAAAUUCAAUGAUUCAUCAUCAUCGCCGUCACGAACAACUCAAGCGAUAACAUUAUCAAUGACAACCGGAUCAACACCACCACCGUUACAUCUGAGUGGCAAUAGUUUUGGCCGUAAAAAAAUAAGAAAACCAUAUAAAUUAGGACAUCCAACAAUGACAACAACAACGGAAAUGAUUACCGAACAAGUGUUUACCAUUAUACCGGCUGAUAUGGUAAAUUCUUGCCAAAAUAAUACCGAAUAUAUUAUCACCGAUGAAGAUCUUAUUAAUCUGAAUGAAACAGAAAAAGAUCGAUUACGAAAAUUAUGUUGGGAAACAAUGUUUGGACAAGAAUUGGUUAAAUUGACUGUUAUGGAUUUUGUAUUGACCGUCAUCUCAACAUUGAUCAGUGAUUUUUUACGUGCAUUAAUCGUACGUUAUUGUAAUGGUUGUACAUGCAUUUGUUGGGAUUUGGAGAAAGGUUUUCCCGGUUAUGGGGAUUUCAAAAUUGCCGAAAAUAUUCUACAUUUAGUCAAUAAUCAAGGCGUUAUUUGGUUGGGAAUGUUUUUUUCGCCUGGAUUACCGGCAAUUAAUUCGGUUAAACUUUGUCUUCUUAUGUAUGUACGAUCAUGGGCGGUGUUAACCUGUAAUAUACCACAUGAAACCGUAUUCAAAGCAUCGAGAAAUAAUAAUUUCUAUUUCAUGUUAUUAUUGCUCAUGCUAUUCCUUUGUACAUUACCGGUUAGUUAUGCUGUCGUUUGGCUAGAACCAUCAUGGCAUUGUGGUCCAUUCAGUGGCUAUACACGUAUCUAUAAAAUUCUAAGCACUUAUAUUGAAUCCAAAUUACCAAAAACAUUGAACAAAAUACUUGAUUAUCUUACAUCACCAGGUGCUGUAUUGCCCACCAUUCUAUUGUUGGUAUUAUUCAUUUAUUAUCUACUAUCAUCGGUAUCUGCGUUGAAAGAUGCAAAUAAAGAUUUAAAAUCACAAAUACGUAAAGAAAAAGAUGUAUCAGAAACGGGACCAAAUCCACCAGAAAUGGUUAUUACAACCGAUGGUGCUGGUGCUGCCGGUGCAAGUAAACAUGUUCGAAUACAGGAAGAUGAUCAACAACAACAACAACAACAACAACAACAAUCGAAAAAUUUGACCAAUACAACUAUGGCCUCAAAUCUUUUGCUGGACAGUUUAGAUACGACCAGUGAUAUUUGAAAUACGAAAAUUAAUGGGAAAACAAAAACUGUCAAUAACAAAUAAUAACAAUUCUAAUGAUGAUGGUUGAAUCAAUCAAUCGAUUUUUACCCGAAAACAAAAAUUUUUAGAACCAAGUUUUUCUUGUUAUCCUCACCUCAAAAUUUCGAACUGGGAUCCCAUACAAAAUGCCAUUGCCUUUCUGGUUUUCGAUUGAUAAUGGCUUCAUUUUUUUCGAUUCUCAUGCAUUCUUGAAUUCAGACGAAUAAAAAUCAAUAACCCCAACUGCUAAGAAUUUAAUCCAGUUCAGAGCUUGUGUGUGUGUGUGUGUAUGUUUUUUUUUCAUUGAUGCAAUACAAACCCACAUUCACAUUAUUUUGUCAAUCCUUAAUCAUUUAACACUGCAUGUUGUAUUUUGUGUUUUAUUUUGAUAUUUCAAACAAACAAAAAAAUUUCCUUUUUGCGUUAUCUGGAUUGAUUCAUUGUGUUCCAUUUGGAACCGUUCAUAUAUCUAUUGUGUGUGUGUGUGUAUGUGUUUACUUUUUUUCACUCAUUCUAAAUGUUUUUCAUCGACAAUGUUCAAUGCUGUCAUUAAAAAUCGAAAUUUC